CGUUCCCUCCAAUAGGAACGCUGGACUGACGCUGUUGUUGCACGUGAGGGUGCCGCACGUGGGCCCGUUAUGUAAAGGGCGUGUGGCGGAGUAGGGGAACACCACACACGCGCGCAGGCGCGUGAGGCCCGCGUUUUGUGGGAGGUAGGUGCGCAUGCGCGCACGCGGCCCGGCCACUCCAGCCUCGCUCCAUCCUGGUCCUACCACAACGACAAUGAAGCAGCAGCAGCAGCAGCAGCCGGCGGCCGCGAGCGCGGGUGUCCCGGCCUUCCUGAGCAAACUGUGGGCGCUGCUGGGGGAGGCGCCCAGCAACCAGCUCAUCACCUGGAGCCAGAAUGGCCAGAGUUUCCUGGUGUUGGAUGAACAAAGGUUUGCAAAAGAGAUUCUUCCCAAGUACUUCAAGCACAACAACAUGGCGAGCUUUGUGAGACAGUUAAAUAUGUAUGGCUUCCGUAAAGUAGUCCAUGUUGACUCUGGCAUUGUCAAAUUGGAACGGGAUGGUCCUGUGGAGUUCCAGCACCCAUACUUUAAGCAGGGCCGUGAUGAUUUGUUGGAGCACAUUAAAAGGAAGGUUUCCUCUUCAAGACCUGAAGAAAAUAAAAUCCGUCAGGAAGACCUGUCCAAAAUCAUAAGCAGUGCUCAGAAGGUGCAAAUUAAACAUGAGACCAUUGAAUCCAGGCUGUCUGCCUUAAAGAGGGAAAAUGAAUCUCUUUGGAGGGAAGUGGCAGAAUUGAGAGCAAAACACUUGCAGCAGCAACAGGUUAUUCGAAAGAUUGUACAGUUCAUUGUUACUCUGGUGCAGAAUAACCAGCUAGUGAGUCUAAAACGCAAACGGCCACUACUUCUGAAUACCAAUGGACCUCCGAAGUCCACUAUGUUUCAGCAGAUCGUCAAAGAAGCAGCUGACAAAAACCAUCAUGUACCACUCAGCAGAACUGAGGGACUAGAGCAGAGGGAGCAGAUUUCAGAUGACAUCAUUAUUUAUGAUGUCACUGAUGAUAUUGGUGAGGAAGAAAAUACUAUGGGUGAAGAAGAAAGUGCUCCCAUUACUCCAGAAACAAAUGAGGAUGCUACGUCAGACUCUUCCAACUGUAGUCAUUCGCCUGAUAUUGUAAUUGUAGAAGAUGAUAAUGAGGAUGACAACAUCCCUGUAAUUCAGGGGGAUAAAAAUAUCGAACCAGUCACUAUCCCAGCCAGUGAUCCCCUCAGUCCUGUCAGUGACAGUACAAGCCCUCUCAUGUCUAGUGCUGUUCAACUGAACAACCAGUCAACUCUUACUGCAGAAGACCCUGUCUCAAUGAUGGAUUCCAUACUCAGUGAGAAUGGAGUAAUUUCACAGAACAUCAACCUUCUUGGAAAAGUUGAGCUAUUGGAUUAUCUUGACAGUAUUGAUUGCAGUUUAGAGGACUUCCAAGCCAUGCUGUCAGGACGACAGUUCAGCAUAGACCCAGAUCUUCUGGUUGAUCUUUUUACAAGCUCCGUGCAGAUGAAUCCCACAGAUCACAUCAAUAAUACAAAAGAGACAAAAGGAAUAGAAACUACAAAGAGUAAUGGACCUCAGCCUGCUUCACAAGACACACGCAGUUCUAAGCCCAAAUCAGAUAAACAGCUCAUUCAAUAUACUGCCUUUCCACUCCUUGCAUUCCUUGAUGGGAGUCCAGGUGCAACUGUUGAGGGUGGAAACUCCACAGCUGAAACCAUGUCCUCCCUAGACAAAUCCUUAGAAGUGGAUGAGCUUCUGGAAAGCAGCCUGGACCCUGAACCAACUCAAAGCAAGUUAGUGCGGCUGGAGCCACUGACUGAGGCAGAAGCAAGUGAAGCCACACUGUUUUAUUUAUGUGAACUUGCUCCUGCACCCAUGGACACAGAUAUGCCAUUCUUGGAUAACUAACAUAGCAGGAACUUUGUAUAUAUUCAUCAAAACGAACUAUUUAUUUAGGAUAUCAUUUGGUAUCUGGGUUUUUUGGUAAAUAUUUUGGUUAGUAUAACCAGCUAUUGUGGAAUCUCUCUCCUACCCUCCUCCUUCCCCCUCUCCGCCCCACCCCCCACAGCUGUUUAAGUAGUUGUGUACUUAUAUAAGAUGACAUAGACAUAGUUACAUAUAUCAAGUCAUACUAAGUUACCAAACUUUUUAAUUGUUCUCAAAUAUUUGGCAUUUAUAGAGAAUACAAAAUAUUCCAGGUAAUCAAAAUUCAUGUCAUAAUGACCUUUGUUUUAUGCUCUUAAGACUUUUUGGUUCUAUGUAUGAUUGAGUAGAAUAACUCUGUACGAUGUAGAACUCAAUGUUUUCUGUAUUUUGGUUUUCUAUUUUUACAACCUUUGUUUAAAAAACUUGGGGUGGGGUGGGGGGGGGGGGUGCAUCAAGACCUGACUUGAGCUGUAUUUUUUCUGGUUGAAUUGGGAACAAAGUGCCUGUUACCGAGUUGACUCUUUGGUUCUGCCUUAGUUCUUCAGUGAGUGUGAGCAUACAUGAUAGGAGAGACAUGGAAGUUUUUAUUUAUUCAGACAGGAGCCACUUGCAUGCAUGAGUACUUCUAACCUGAACCAUCCACUUUGAUAAAAUAAAUGUUAUCUAAGUGUGA